AUGUCGAGCACCAGCACCAACACCACACCCACAUCCACAUCCACAUGGAGAAGCACACGGUCUGAAAUCAAACGUCAGAUCAUGGACAGAAAAGAUGUCAAGUCUAAGUUAAGUCCUGCGUCAGUUGUGGACUUAACUUUUAAGUUUUAUGCGUAUCAGGUUUUACAAGGGGAUGAAGUAGAGCAAUCGUUCACGACAGCCAACUACAUUGAACUACGAUGGGAUGACAUGGAUCUUACAUGGGACAUUCGGGAGCACCCAGAGACACCAUUUAUAGCCUUCGACUACGAUGAUUUGUGGCACCCAGAGCUCCUUGUAACAAAUUCAGCCAAGGAUGAUUUUUCCUUGAUCCGACCGAUGAGUCAGAAGUUGAUAGUGUUUUACAAUGGUACUGUCUCAUUGAGCACGCCGGCCAUGCUCAGAACUACCUGCUCGCUUGAUCUCACGCACUAUCCGUUCGAUGUCCAGAACUGUGAGAUUAUAUUUAUUCCAUACUUUGACGAAUGUAACUUCACUCUAAGAAUAAUUGAGAUUGACAGCAUGCCAGAUCCUUUUCGAUUGACCGGAGAGUGGAACAUCAUCAGAAGGCAUAUAACCACAGAAGUCUACAUGCCUGCCAAGCUCAAGAUUCGCCGGUCAUCUCUAUUCUACGUGGUCAGCGUCAUAGUGCCCAUGGUCAUCACGAGCCUGACGACGUCAUGCGUGUUCCUCAUCCCUCCAGCCUCAGGAGAGAAGGUGUCUUUCCUCGUCACUCUCUUCGUCUCCAACGCCGUCUUCUUAAACUACAUCGCGACCACAAUGCCACGCACCAUGAGUCUUGAUAACCUGCCCAGACUGUCGUUGUUUCUGGUCGUAGGUUUGAUGGAAAGUUUUUUCGCGCUGAUAGCCACCAUAUUCGUCAUGAGAAAAUAUCGCCAGGAACAGGAACUCAAGAAGAAAAGGGCCCUGAACCAGCAUGGUUCGAACAUUCAGUAUACAAACACUUCUAACAAUAAUGGGAAUGGUCACGUCAUGCGGGAUCCGCUGUCUGAAAGGGAAGCUAAUGAUAAACAUAAUAAAUCUACCCGAGAGUCAUCUGGUACAAAAGCGAAUGAGGGUGUGCAAAAUCAAGAAAUGUUUAUGAAGCGGAACAGGGUUUUGCCGUUGGAAAACCCAAACAAGACAGAAUUGGAAAAGGACCAUAAGAAAUCCCCGGAGAGAAAAGGGUGUGGCAUCACAUGGACGCAAUGGGACAUGGUGUUUUUUAUAUUGUAUCACGUGACCAGUAUGCCAUUUUAUGUUUUGUUGUUUAUAUGA